GUGUGUGUGACUGUAUUCUGUCACCGCUGGAUUCCAGCUCCCUUGUUCCUAUGGUGGCGAUUCGCCCCCUUCCCCUCUCUGGCUCUCUCGGAGUCUGUGGCACGUUGUCAGUUUGGCUGCCCUCGGCCCCCUCCCAUGAUGAGCGUAAGCAUGAUGUAUACAACCUUCCUAUUCCCCCCUCCCCUCUUUUUUUGCAACUUAACCUUGAAAAGAAGGACCUCUGCCAAUCUCUUAACUGCAAGGCCAUCUUUACUCUUAUUUGUCAUAGAAGGCUUUGAUAAGUUUCACUGGAAAGUGCGCCUUUCCAUUUCUCCCUCCCCCUCCCCCUCCCCCUUUUCUUUUGGAAGCCUUCCUUGCUUCUCCAGCAGAAAGCAGAGUAACCAGCUGGUCACAUUUUCCUUCUCUCUGUAAUUGAGUCCAGCAGAAGAGCUGACACGCUUAAAUAGAGAUCUGUUGUAAUCUUUCCUCCUCCCUCCCCUUCUUUCCCCCCUCCUCCUCCUCUUCCUCCGCCACCAGAAAAAGCAAAGCCAGCUCCGAGACCCAACGCCUGUGGCAGUGGAAUAAAUUACAUGCAUAACUGAACGGCGUUUAGAAGGGGAAAUAGGCAAGCUUGGGGGGGGGGCGGGCGGUCAAAAGAGAAAUAUUAAGUAUCACUGCGGUGGGGGGCCGAUUUGUUGGCGGCAGUCAGAUGGCCGCAAAUUCGGUUUUCCCCUCCGGAGUGUUUCCUGAGCAAACUUCUUGCGCAUUCGCUUCCAAUGCCCAGCGCAACGGGUAUGGCUCGAGUUCCACGGCCUCUUUCGCUGCUUCCAUGCCUGGUCUGUACCCCAACGGGGGAGGCAUGCACCCCCAAGCCCCCGGCAUGUAUUCCAGCAGCUACGGGCUGGAAGCCGCCUCCUUCAACAUGCACUGUUCCCCUUUCGAGCAAAACCUCUCCAUGAUGUGUCCAGGAGACGCGUCCAAGUCCAACUGCAACAAAAGCGACCAGAGAGACGCGGACUUGCGGCACGAAAACAACUUGCGGAUAUAUCCUUGGAUGAGAAGCACAGGGACGGACCGGAAGAGGGGACGCCAGACCUACACCAGGUAUCAGACGCUGGAGCUGGAGAAGGAAUUCCAUUACAACCGUUACUUGACCAGAAGGCGACGCAUCGAGAUAGCCCACGCUUUAUGUCUUACAGAAAGACAGAUCAAAAUCUGGUUCCAGAACAGGCGCAUGAAGUGGAAAAAGGAAAACAAACCCGCAGGCCCCGGAUCAAACGUCCCAGAAAAACCAGAUGCUGAAGAAGAUGAAGAAGAGUGAAGGGGGAAGAAGGCGGGGGAGAGGGGAGAGAGUGAGAGUGAAAGAGAGAAAGAAAAAGAGAGAGAGAGAGUGAGUGAGUGAGAGAGAGAGAUGUUGGUGAGAAGAAGCUUCAGCAAAAACUGAACUGUACUGUCCAGAAAAAAUAAAAGGAAGAAACGGAAUUUUAAAAAAGUGAACCAAUAAAGACUGUACAUUAAACAAGAAACGAAAACAUCUAAGCAAAACUGAAAACAAAAAAAUAAUGGUUUAUUCUGUUUCUCGACACUUGGAAAACUACCUAUAUUAACAUUUCUCUGCUUUGUUUUUUGUACAACAAAAAUGAAUAAUAAAUCUACCUAUUAAAUGUCUCUUUAGAAGCAAAUAUAGAUAAUGUUUUGUUCCCCUGUGUGGGUAUUCAUAUAGUCCCAAGUAUUUGUAAAUCUUCCUGUUUAAAGAAAAGGGAGGGUCUUUUUCCCCCUUCCCUAAUGUAACUUUUUUUUUAUUAAGAAAAUGGUAUAUGAAGUGAAAAUGUGGACGUGGUUAGCACUUUUUCUUAGAAAAACGUAUGAAGGGAACACAACGCUUAACAUUAAGACGACUGUUGUACAUAAUUCUAAGAGAUUUCUCCCUUUCUAUUCUCCCCUCUCCUCUUCGUAGAUUUGUGCCUCUACGUCUGGUUACUGGUGCUGUAUUUUUAUUUUUCCUUAUAUUUUCCUUUUGCUUGUUUUUUUUAUUUUUUGGUUGGUGUAUAUUUUUACAUGUUGGACAAUGGACCACUUCCUUAUUGCCGUUACUAGAGGAUCUGAAAAUUAAUAUUGUGCUGAGUAAAACUGAUGUAUAUGAUAGGUAGCAAAUAAUUUAAUAGUUGACCAAGCCUUUUUAUUCGUAUUAUGUGAUUACUAUGCGUAGAGAGAGGGAAAAGAAUCAUUAAAAAAGAAAAUAACCUUACUGAA